CCACUUCCGGUUGAGCGAGACAAACAAAAAGCAGUAGAGCGGUGAGAAGGUUUCUCGUCUGAAAGGUGAAGGUCUCGUUUGUGCCCAGCUAUUCAACACGAUCAGAAGAACAGACAUACAAACACUCAUACUUGACACAAACACACUGAGACAUGGUGAAGAUUACUUUCCAGCCUGUCGCGGGGCAGAAAGGGGAUAAACAGAAUGAUGGCGACAAGACCGAAAUCCUCAUUCCUCAUCCGAUGGAGGAGGAGGAUGAACUUGUCCUGCCUUUGCGGCCCAAGAAGUCGCCACUCAACGGGCUGUGCUGCCUGACGUUCGGCCUGGUUGUCUUCAUGGCCGGUCUGGUCCUCUCCUCCAUCUAUGUGUACCGCUACUACUUCAUACCUCACGUCCCAGAAGAAAACUUGUUCCACUGCAAGGUGGUUUACGAGGACUCUGUGUACGCACCGCUGCGUGGGCGACAAGAACUGGCAGAAAACGUCGGCAUCUACUUGGCAGACAAUUAUGAGAAGAUCACUGUGCCUGUGCCUCAUUUUGGAGGCAGCGAUCCUGCUGACAUAAUCCACGAUUUCCACAGAGGAUUGACUGCUUACCAUGAUAUUGCCCUGGACAAGUGCUACGUGAUUGAGCUCAACACCACCAUUGUGAUGCCCCCGCGUAACCUUUGGGAGUUGCUUAUCAAUGUCAAGAAAGGAACAUACCUGCCGCAGACUUACAUAAUUCAUGAAGAGAUGAUGGUGACCGGCAAAGUGCACAACAUGCGUCAGCUUGGACCCUUCAUCUACCGCCUUUGCAACGGCAAAGACACGUACCGCUUGAACCGCCGUGUCUCCCACAGACGCCUCACCAAGCGAGAGGCAAAGGACUGCCACCGCAUUCGUCAUUUUGAGAAUACAUUCGUGGUGGAGACGGUUAUCUGCGAGGAGGCGUGAGCGGGAUGGUCACAUGUGAUACGGCACAUCCUAGUCACCUCCCCAGCUACUGUAGCACCCUGUGGAUUUGAUCAUGUUGCACUUUACCACUCAUUUGACGUCUUUAUGUACUUCUCCAUCCCUUGCUUAUUUGCCUCUCCUUUUUCCAUUAGCCAAUCUUAAGAUGCAAUAAUAAGAUGCAGGUUCUCUCACAGGAUUUUCAUGUAGCCAAUCCUUUUGGCCUCUGCCCUUCGGGAGUACUACGAUGGUUACUGUUGGUAGGAGAGAUGACUCUCUCCGUGUGUUGUCAAAGUGACCUUUUUGUUUCUCCUUCUGCUUUGGAAGCUAAUUAUCUGUGGAUUGACACAGCACAAAACGCAAAAAUAGCACACACACGCACAAACUUUAGCGCCGAAAAGAAGUGCUAAAUUUUGUCAUUUCUUGAUCUCUGUACCGGAAAGACCAAACUACUGAUGACUAGUUGCUUGCAGUUUUGCUUUUGCUUAUUCCAUUUUCAUUUUGCUGGUAAAAAAGAAGACUUCGCUGGGCAUUACUGCGCACGACUUCCACCCUUGAAGAAAUCAAGAGCCAUAAUUAGUUUUAUUGCCCAUCAUUUUUCAAUAUAAUUUAUUUAAAAUAAUGUAUUUGUGAAUCGUUUAAUAGUAUAAUGUAUCUGUCCCCCAUAUCACCCAUAUCCCCCCCCCUUGCAUGUAUUUUCGUUAUUUGAUAAACUGUUUUGUAAGAUGUAUAACGCCUUAGUCCAGACUCAGACUGGACUAAUGUUAUUACUAAUAAAACAGAUGGGUGCGUAAUAUUUGAUGUUAGGUAAAUACAACCAACUUUUAUCUGUAUAUAUUACCUGCCUAUGAAAUUCUGUCUGUGAAUAAAGUUUAAAAAGACUGUCA